UUCGUGACGUCUAGAGAGUCUGAGGGGGCGUGUGCUCAUUGUAGUAAAACGAAAGUGCACGCCGACUCGAUUAUUCUUCAACCCACACUUGGAGAGGUGGAAUCACAUAAAACCGAAUCGGUCUCAGUCAGCAGGCAGUGAGUGAUAUUCCAGAUUGAGUUGCGGUCUGUUAUUCUAGUGAACAAGGUGUCUGCUAUAUUGUUGUUGUUUUUACUGCACAUCGCAACUAUUUAUCACCAGAGCCUGUUUUAUGUCUAAUUAUGUGUUUCAAGGGAUUCGAAUUGAAAACCUUGUCAUCUCAAUCAGAACAAAUAUAUGAAAAAAAAUAGGGGGGAGAUCAACAACGUCACGCAGGACUACUGUUUCAGUCAUCGUAAACAACCUUUAACCAUCGCCACCGCAAGUUGAUUGUAGGUCUGUAGUCUGCUAUUACACCGCCGCUACAACGCCAUCAUGCCUAGUCUGCGACAGUCUUACACCGUGACGGUGCCCGAGGAGUCACCGGCAUCCACUUUCCCCUUCCUAAAGACGGACCUGCGCAGGAAGAGUCCUCCAAUGUCGCGGUCAUUGUUGAUGUCCACAUUUGUGGGUCUGCUUAUCAAUCAAGCCAAGAACUCCAAGAGUCCUCAAGGCCUAGUGGGACUGAGAAACCUCGGCAACACAUGUUUCAUGAACUCGAUCCUGCAGUGUCUGAGCAACACUCCUGACCUGAGGGACUACUGUCUGAGGAACACACACCGCACCGAACUCAACAACAACUGCAGAGCCAAGGCUGCUCUCAUGGAGGAGUUUGCCAAACUCACUCAGACCCUAUGGACGUCAGUCAGCAGCGAGGCAAUCAGUCCCUCAGACUUCAAGACCCAGAUCCAGAGAUAUGCUCCCAAAUUUGUGGGAUACAAUCAGCAGGAUGCUCAGGAGUUCUUGCAUUUCCUAUUGGACGGCCUCCACAACGAGGUCAACAGGGUCACAGUGCGGCCCAGGCUCCCGUCCGAGGACAUUGACCACUUGCCUGACAAUGAGAAAGGGAAGAGAAUGUGGAACAAAUAUCUAGAGAGAGAGGACAGCAAAGUGGUUGAUCUGUUUGUGGGCCAGCUAAAGAGCUCUCUGACCUGCAGUGAGUGUGGUUACUGCUCCACUGUGUUCGAUCCAUUCUGGGACUUGUCACUACCCAUCGCUAAGAAAGGUUCAGGGGAGGUGAGUCUGACAGACUGCAUGCGACUCUUCACUAAAGAAGACGUACUGGAUGGAGAUGAGAAACCGACAUGCUACAGGUGUAAAACCAGGCGGAAAUGCACUAAGAAGUUCACCAUCCAGAAAUUCCCUCAAAUCCUUGUGCUUCACCUCAAGCGCUUCUCAGAGAACCGUGUUCGAACUAGUAAGCUCUCCACCUACGUCAACUUCCCCCUCAAAGAGUUGGACAUGAGAGAAUUUUGCUCUGAGAACAGCAUGAAUAUAGUGUAUAAUCUCUAUGCCGUGUCCAACCACUCUGGGAAUACGCUGGGUGGCCACUACACAGCCUACUGCAGGAACCCAGCCCUUGGGGAGUGGUACAGCUACAAUGACUCCAGGGUGAGCUCCAUGUCAUCCAGCCAGGUUCGCAGCAGUGAUGCCUACGUGCUCUUCUAUGAGCUGGCCUCCUCUCAUUCACGCCUCUGACGCUACAUGUCAUGGACAUAUAGGCUACAUAAAGCCUGGCAGUCUGGUCAUAUGGAUGACGUAUGCAAUGAGCCUAUUAGGCCUGUGUCUGGUUGAUGGUUGAUGUUUGAGCCUUGCUCUGUGGACUGCAUACAGAAUACUAUAUGUUUAUACAGGAGCCCUUGGCACUAUGGAUUUAGCUUCAACACAUAGGCUACACUGUACUGCCAGGAUACAGAGAUUGAGUUGUGGUUCAACCAUCUUCCGGGGACAUUGGGAAGAGCAUUGGGACAAUGGGAAGGCCCUUUCCAGCUAAAAACAUGUCAACAUUUGAAUAUCAUUGAAAGUCCCGGUGACGUGUGUGUGUGUGUGUGUGUGUGUGUGUGUGUGUGUGUGUGUGUGUGUGUGUGUGUGUGUGUGUGUGUGUGUGUGUGUGUGUGUGUGUGUGUGUGUGUGUGUGUGUGUGCGGUCACCAUGCAGACGGCGAAGAUGCCUCUCUAUGCACUACAACGAGGACUGUAUGCUUAGAAUAGCUAAGCUUACAAUGGCUAUGUUAUGCCACCUUAAUACAAGUGUGUGUGUGUGUGUGUGUGUGUGUGUGUGUGUGUGUGUGUGUGUGUGUGUGUGUGUGUGUGUGUGUGUGUGUGUGUGUGUGUGUGUGUGUGUGUGUGUGUGUGUGUGUGUGUGUGUGUGUGUGUGUGCGGUCACCAUGCAGAUGGUGAAGAUGCCUCUCUAUGCACUACAACGAGGACUGUAUGACCCCAGUUGUCAUUUCAAGGUCACCACUGAGACAUGAAAGACUUUAUCACUCCGACCUUCUGUUCUGUAAAUUAUUCUAUUUAAAUUAGAUAUCAUCUUAUCUGUGACUUUGGAGAUGGGAUGACUCUCUAGCACCAUCUGUUGGUGUGCUGUGGUUGUAGGUUUUGCACAACCUCAUCUUCCUCCCGUUUCAAUAGGACUGUGUGUGUGUGCCUGCUGUGUGCAUGUGUGAAAGAGAGAGACAGAGAGAGCGGCCCCUCUCCAACUUCAAACUAGUGGUGGAGAUAUCAUGCCAUUGCAAAACGAGAUUGAGAGAAACUACAUCUCUAGCUAUGUUUUUUAUGACUAAAUGUGUAUUUUUGUAUUUAUAAAAAAACAUGGUGAAUGUAACUGUACUGUUGUUCUAAUCAUUAAAAUAUCAUUAUUUUUCAAGUUUCAAG